AUCACGUGAUCGAGAAGAGAGGCAGGUGGACACACAUCGGCGCCACGGAAUCACAAAAUGAAAUCGGUGCAAUAUCAAUCCCGCCAAAGGAAGUCAAGAAUCAUAUGCGGGCAAUGCAGCG